AUGUCGAUGAACAGCUUGAUACUGCGGCUGACUUUGUCUCAUGGCAAGGCAGUGUUUUAUUUCUGCACUUUACUCUGCAGCUGCCUGACACUGCUGCUGAUCCGGCAGCUCCUGCGGCAGCGGAGACCGCGAGGCUUCCCCCCGGGGCCCUCCAUCCUGCCGGUCAUCGGGAACAUCCUGUCUCUUGCCACCGAGCCACACGUCUACAUGAGGAAACAGAGCGAGAUCUACGGCCAGAUCUUUAGUCUCGACUUGGGAGGAAUAUCAACCGUCAUUCUAAAUGGCUAUGAUGUCAUCAAAGAAUGUCUGUAUCACCAGAAUGAGGUGUUUGCAGAUAGGCCAUCUCUACCUUUAUUCCAGAAAAUGACAAAAAUGGGAGGACUUCUCAACUGUAAAUAUGGUCGUGGAUGGAUGGAGCAUCGCAAGUUGGCUGUUAAUAGCUUCCGCUACUUUGGCAGUGGGCAAAUGAUGUUUCACAGGAUAUCUGAAGAGUGCAUAUUCUUUUUAGAUGCUAUUGACAAGCACAACGGAAAACCUUUUAACCCAAAACACCUAGUUACCAAUGCAGUCUCCAAUGUAACCAACCUUGUAAUAUUUGGACAGCGAUUCACCUAUGAUGACCUGGACUUCCAGCACAUGAUCGACAUCUUCAGCGAAAAUGUGGAGCUGGCUGCUAGUGCCUGGGCCUUCCUCUACAAUGCCUUCCCAUGGUUUGAAUACCUGCCAUUUGGAAAGCACCGGAGGCUAUUUCGCAAUGCUGAUGAGGUGUAUGUCUUCCUGCAACAGAUAAUCGAGCGCUUUUCACAGGGAAGAGUGCGACAAUUGCCAAGGCAUUACAUCGAUACUUACUUGGAUGAAAUGGAACAGAGCACUAGGGACAAAACCACGUCCUUCUCCAAAGAGAACCUGAUUUUCUCAGUAGGAGAACUUAUUAUUGCCGGCACAGAGACCACCACUAAUACCAUGCGCUGGGCCAUGCUCUAUCUGGCUCUCUACCCCAGCAUACAAGAUAAGAUUCACAGAGAGAUUGACUCUAUCUUAAAUGGCAAAUUACCAACCAUGGAAGACAAGCAGAAGAUGCCUUAUGUAGAGGCAGUGUUGCAUGAAGUCAUGCGCUUCUGCAACAUUGCUCCUCUCGGCAUCUUCCGAGCUACUUCUCAGGAUGCUGUUGUCAGAGGUUACACCAUCCCCAAGGGGACCAUGGUCAUCACCAACCUGUAUUCUGUGCACUUUGAUGAGAAAUACUGGAGCAACCCUGCUAUCUUCUGCCCUGAAAGGUUUCUGGACAAAAAUGGCCAAUUUAUCAAAAGAGAGGCCUUUCUUCCUUUUUCAGUAGGCAGACGCCAAUGUCUUGGUGAGCAGCUGGCCAGAAUGGAGAUGUUCCUUUUCUUCACCACAUUGCUACAGAAGUUUCAUCUGCAGUUUCCCAAAGGCUACAUUCCAAGCAUCACUCCUAAACUUGGCAUGACCCUGCAGCCACAGCCUUACACCAUAUGUGCUAUCAGGAGACAGCAAUAAAACCUCAUCUGUCCACCAAAGACACACAUUUUUCCACCUCAGUGGAUCUUACUGAGAAAAUCCACCAGCCAGAUAAGCAACCUUGCUCUGAAUUCCGCACUGACGUCUGGUACUGACUGUGGAGAAUUCUUAGAAUGUGUCCUCUUUAUGGUUUCAUGAAGCUAAUGCAGACAGUGAGCGGGAAAUGAGGCCUGUAUACGCACAGCCGUGUUCGUCUGUUGCAUUACGGUGAUUAAGAGGACCAUUGAAACGUGAACGAGCGGUGAAUUUCAUAACAGAUGUUAAGAUAAGUGGUAAUGUUACGUUAAUUAUUUACAGACUGCACUUUUAAUACACUUUUUUUUUAUUCCUCGAAAUUGGGAACACACAGUUCUCUCAUUUGUGUAGCAGACUGAAAGAGAUAUCAGCGGCCUUUCUCAGAAAGAUUUGCAAAUGCCACUUGCAUACAAUUGGCUCAAGUCCAUGUAGCAGUGCUGAGCUAACUCAGCGGAAAUGGGCUUCCAGGCUGUAGAUCUGCCACUAUCUCCAUAGGGAUGUCAUUGAACUUGACUUUGUUAUAUACACUUUGUAAGAAAUCAGAACUUUGUACCAUACCACGUGCAUUUAUUAUAUUUCAUACUGUUCAGGUAUCUCUGAAAGAACUAUAGUCUAAAUUCGAAUAAACCUUAAAAAAAUA